UGUGACCUUUAGGAGGGACAAAUGUCGACGCAAAUAAAGGUGUUGUGUUGUACGUGGAAUGUGGGAAGCGCGUCUCCGGACAGAAGUGGUCACGUGACGUUAGACUCCUGGCUUGCAGUGACGGAAGACGAGGCGAAUGCGCCUCACGUUUGUGUUGUUUGUCUGCAGGAGGUGAGUCUGUCUCCCUUGUCGUGGAUCUCUGACGAAUGGACGGACGAGAUCACGAGUUCUGUGUGUAGGAAUGGACGCCUCAUUAGAUUUCGACGUGUCAGACAGUUUGGCAUCGUACUCCUCAUCUUCAUCCAACCGUUCAUGUUACCAUCAAUCAGCAAAAUUGCAGAAGAAUCUGUUGCUACAGGAGUUGGUGGAUUUCUAGGAAACAAAGGUGCUGCAAUCAUUCGUUUUCGUCUCUAUGGCAAGAGCAUUUGCAUUGUGGGAAGUCAUCUGAGUGCACAUCCAGAAAACUUAGAGAAAAGGAAUGAAGAAUUUCAUAUGAUCUGUGAUGAUGUAAAAUUUUCAGACCCUAAAUGCCAAUUAGUAUUGGAGCAUGAUUAUGUAUUCUGGUUGGGAGAUCUCAACUAUCGUCUCUGUGAUGACGUCUUCUAUGCAAUGGUUGUGAAGAAGGUGGAGGGAAAUCGAUUGGAUGAGCUGCUAGGAUAUGACCAGUUGUUGCAAGAGCAGCAGAAAGGGACCGCUUUUGUUGGUUUCUCCGAAGGUCACGUGACAUUCAACCCAACCUACAAAUAUGAUAAAGAAACACAACAAUAUGAUACAAGCCGAGUUCCCAGUUGGUGUGACCGUGUGCUCUACAGAGUGUCAGACGAGGUUCCUCAACAUGUUGAUGUCACAUCCUACACGUCACAUCCCGAACAUUGUGUGAGUGAUCACAAACCGGUUUCAGCUCAACUGGAAUUGAAAAUGGCAGCAGACAACAUGAGGCGACUGGUGGAGUUUGCAUUUCCAACAACAUGGAUAUGCAAACAGGAUGCCUUGAUUGCUUAUUCUCUUGACAGUGAUGUUGUAACUUCAUCAUGGGACUGGAUUGGUCUAUACAAGACUGGAUGGCAUCAACUGUCUGACUACGUCACAUACGUGUGGGCACCAUCCAAACGACUCACCAGACGACACCACGUUCCACUUGAUAACGACUAUGUCCCCAAAGAACCUGGUUUAUAUCAACUAAUCUACCACAGCAAUCACUACAAACAAGUUCUAGGCAUCAGCCAACAUUUCCAGAUUGAACUCGAUGCAAUAGUAUAGAGCUCCUGCUGGUCGGUCUCAUUGUACAUGAAGCUAAUUUUUUAUUACGAUAAAAACGUUUUAAGUGGCAAAACGUUCUACAGUGACAUACAAAUGCUGAUAUGCUAUGAAACA